AGGACUGGGGUCUUGAUCUUUCUCGGCUGGGGCUCUGGAGAGGGAGGCAUUUCCUCUCUUCAUCUUGGCAUAUUGGGGGCUGAGGACUGGAGGUGCGGAGAGUAGUCAGGGGUGGUCGCAGGAGAGGAUCUCAGGCUAGGCUUGAGGGGGCGUGUUUUUUAGGGGCGUAUGACGGUGUGACUUAGUAUUCACAGGGCUUCUUUUGCGGUGGCGGGAAAGGAAGGACUUUAGGGAUCCCUGAUAUGGCUUUCUUGCCAGGAGAAGUCGGAAGGGGUACACAAGGAAUUUGAUCCUGCGUAGAACAGGUGAAGUGGGUGGAGGGGUAUGGCGUAAGUCUCUCUCUCUAUCUCCCUCUUCCUCUCUCCCUCCCUCCCUCCCUCUUUGAGACUAGAACCAGUUGAAGGGGAUACUGGGCCUCUGUGAAUCGGGGUCCAUUUCGGCUUGCACGUUUCAGCUGCAAGAACUUUAAGAGCUCAGUUGGCCAGGGAUAGUCUGUGCUGAAGUUCAUCUGCAGCUUCCAGCACUGUUUGGGAAGAGGAAUUGCAGAGGCGCUGUUGCCCCACAGGUUUUGUGUCCGCACUCCCUCUGCGCUGCAUCCUCCCUUUUCAACCUUCCUAAGAGCUGAGGAAAGAAUGCCUUUGCCCUUUCCAUGGCCACUGGAGCUUGGGAAAAUCUUUCCUCUAUCCAGAAAGCCUUAAUACCCUUAUUCACCAAGGACCCACCAAGGAGUUUUGCUCCCUUCUCCCAAAUCUUCCUCCUCCGUGGACUUUUUCUCUUGGGACUCUCACAAAACUGAACCAAGAGUUCUCUGCAGCUGUCUGCUGUUUCUAGCUGUCUCUUCUCUGUACUCAUGGCGACUUCCAACACCAGUCCCAGUUCACCUCUCCGGGCAGAAGAUCUCCUGAGUGAAUCAUCAGAGCCCCCUGGGCUGAACCAAGUGUCCUCUGAGGUGACCUCUCAGCUCUAUGCUUCUUUGCACCUCAGCCGACAAGCAGAAGCCAGCAGAGCCCAGCUGUUUUUAGCUUCUACCUCCCCUCCUCCUCCUGAGACCUUUGAUGGCUUGGCCCAAGAGCUGAGUCGCAGCUUGUCAGUCGGAUUGGAGAACAACUUGAAGAAAAAGGAUGGUUCUAAGCAUAUCUUUGAGAUGGAAAGUGUUCGGGGUCAGCUCCAGACCAUGCUCCAAACCUCACGUGAUCCAGCCUAUCGAGCUGGCUCAGAGAGACGGGAAGAGGACUCCUUUGACAGUGACAGCACAGCCACCUUGCUCAACACUCGACCUCUGCAAGAGUUAUCUCCAUCCAGUUCAGCCCAAGCUCUGGAAGAAUUGUUUCCCCGCUACACCAGCCUCCGGCCAGGGCCCCCACUUAAUCCCCCAGACAUUCAAGGACUGAGAGAUGCACUGGACUCAGAGCAUACCCGCCGUAAGCAUUGUGAGCAUCACAUUCAGAGCCUGCAGACCCGAGUGCUAGAGCUACAGCAACAAUUAGCUGUAGCUGUGGCUGCUGACCGCAAGAAAGAUAUCAUGAUUGAACAACUGGACAAGACCCUGGCCAGAGUGGUGGAAGGCUGGAACCGACAUGAGGCUGAGCGGACAGAGGUGCUUCGAGGACUUCAAGAGGAACGCCAGGCAGCAGAACUCACCAGGAGCAAGCAGCAGGAGACAGUAACCCGCCUGGAACAAAGCCUUUCUGAGGCCAUGGAGGCUCUGAAUCGUGAGCAGGAAGGUGUCAGACUACAGCAGCGGGAAAAAGAGGCACUGGAAGAGGAAAGGCAAGCUCUGACUCUGAGCUUGGAGGUGGAACAACAGCGGUGCCGUGCCCUGCAGGAGGAACGGGAUGAGGCUCGGGCUGCACAGUUUAGUGAGCAUAGGAAGCUGGAGAACCUUCAGAUUGCCCUAGAAGAAGAGCGGCAGGUCUGGGCCCAGCAAGAGCGCCAGCUGAAGGAAUGCCACCAGGCACUGCAAGAGGAGGGCCAGGCUCAGCUGGAAAGGGAGAAGGGGAACAGUCAGAAGGAGGCACAGGCAGCUCAGGAGGCCCAGCAGCGGUUGGCACUGGUGCAGUCUGAGGUACGGCGGCUGGAAGGAGAGCUGGACACAGUUCGGAGAGAGAGAGACGCACUGCAGUUGGAAAUGAGUUUGGUGCAGGCCCGGUGUGAGAGCCAGCGGAUCCAGAUGGAGUCAGAGCUGGCUGUGCAGCUGGAACAGCAGGUAACCGAGCGGCUGGCACAAGCUCAGGAGAGCAGUCUGAGGCAGGCAACCUCCCUGAGGGAACGUCACAGGAAACAGCUUCAGGAGCUCAAUGGACAGCACCAGCAGGAACUGGCCACCCAGUUGGCUCAGUUCAAGGUGGAAAUGGCAGAACGAGAGGAAAGGCAGCAGCAAGUGGCUCAGGACUACGAGCUCAGAUUAGCACGGGAGCAAGCUCGAGUGCGGGACCUACAGAGUGCGAACCAACAGCUGGAGGAGCAGCGGGUGGAGCUGAUAGAACGACUCCAAGCCAUGUUGCAGGCCCACUGGGAUGAGGCCAACCAGCUGCUCAGUACCACGCUCCCUCCUCCUAACCCUCAGGUUCCUCUGGCUGAGCCCUCCAGCCCUGGGCCUCCAGAGCCAGAGAAGGGGGAGAGGAGGUCGUGGACUGUGCCUCCUGUGGCCGUGGCUCUGAAACCUGUGCUGCAGCAGAGCCGGGAAACGAGAGAUGAGCUACCUGGCGUGCCUCCUGUCCUCUGCAGCCCUUCCCCUGAUCUUAGCCUCCUGCUGGGACCCUCUUUCCACAGCCAGAACUCCUUCCAGCCUCUGGAGCCCAAACCUGAUCUUGCUUCAUCCACAGGAGGAGUCUUCUCUGCACUUGGAGCCUUUGAUGCUGAUCACAGAGCAGAACGACCUUUCCCUGAAGAAGACCAUGGAUCUGAUGGGGAUGGCUUCCUAAAGCCAAGGCUGCCACCUCCUUCUCAGCUUGAGGGCCUUAAGAAUUUUUUGCAGCAGCUGCUGGAGACAGUACCCCCAAGCAAUGAGAACUCCUCUAUUGACCUGUUGCCCCCUAAGUCUGGUCCUCGGACUAUGCCUUCUUGGGAGGAAGCUCCUCAAGUGCCACGACUUCCACCCCCUGUACAUAAAACUAAAGUUCCCUUAGCCGUGGCAUCUGGUCUCUUCCGGGCCCAUGAGCUUUCUUCUUACCAUUCACAAGGAAGUGGCCCAAGUUCUGGCUCCCCAGAGAGAGGUGCAGAUGGGCCCAGCUCCCCAAGGCAGCUGAUGGAGGUGUCUCAGCUGUUACGAUUGUACCAGGCCCGGGGCUGGGGUGCUUUGCCUGCUGAGGACCUGCUGCUGUACCUGAAGAGGCUGGAACACAGCGGAACUGAUGGCCGAGGGGAGCCUGUCCCCAGAAGGAAUACAGACUCCCGCUUGGGUGAGAUCCCCCGGAAAGAGAUCCCCUCCCAGGCUGUCUGUCGCCGCCUUGCUACAGCUCCUAAGACUGAAAAACCUCCUGCACGGAAGAAAAGUGGGCACCCUGCCCCUUCUAGCAUGAGGAGUCGUGGUGGAGUCUGGAGAUAAGCCCUUGCCCUUUCUCUGCAGCUUUGUUCUCCUCUUCCUCUUCUGGUUUUUAUUUUAAUAAAUG